AUUAAUAUAGAUGGCUUUGACAUGGCAGCGUGCUAAAAGAGUUAGAUUUUUAAUUAAACUUUCGCCACAUUAACAUAAAAUACAUAUGUUUUAUUUUGAACAGAUAUAAAAUUUGUGUGUACCUCAUCUGUUUGCGGUGGAACACAAAAUCACUUGUCGUAGUAUUUGUGGUGUUGAGGGUUGCAUAAAUAAGUACUGCUUUAUUCAUUAAUUGAGAUAGUAUUUUGUUAUAUGUUGUUGUUGUUGUCAAUAAAGCUAAAAAUUUACUCCAAACUUGUGAUGAAUUCAAAAGUUAAUAAUAUUUAAGAAACUAGUAUAAUUUGACUAUAAUUUCACGAAUAAUACGGCAACAACGCUUUAGUAUUCCAAAUCAAUUUGACAUUUCUGACAUUUGCUUGACCAUAACCCAAAAACCUCGCUCGCUGCUAAACUUUGUGUCUUCCUGGCGAGAAUUUCAUAAAAAGUCAUAACGUACAAUUUAAUAAACAAACAAAUUGAACAAAAACUAUAAAUAUGUCCGCCAGCAAUUCAAUUAUUUCAGUUAAAGAUGCCGACCAGUACAACACACUGAUCAAUGCGGAGAAGACUACAGUAGUGCUAUUUACAGCCGAUUGGGCUGAACAGUGUAAACAUGUCCAGGAAGCUCUGGAGGAGCUAACCAAAAUCCUAAGUAACAAAUUGCAGUUUGUUAGUGUGGUGGCCGAAAACUUUCCAGAAAUUUCUAUCAAGCACCAGAUUGAAGCAGUCCCCACCAUAAUUUUCUUCACCAAAGGGACCGCAGUGGAUCGCGUGGAUGGUGUCAAUGUAGCUGAAAUUACAGCAAAGUGUAAAAAACUUGGUGGCUCUGUAGCCGGUGAAUCUUUAGAGGAUCGUUUGAAAGCCCUCAUCACUAAAGCGGAUCUUAUGAUAUUCAUGAAGGGCGAUCGCAAUGCUCCACGUUGUGGUUUCUCCCGCCAGUUAAUUGAAAUCUUGAAUGCCACAAAUGUUCCCUAUGAGACAUUCGAUAUAUUGAAUGAUGAAGAAGUCCGUCAAGGUCUCAAAACAUAUUCCGAUUGGCCCACGUAUCCACAAGUAUAUGUUAAGGGUGAACUGAUUGGUGGCUUGGACAUUAUUAAAGAGCUUAAAGCAAAUAAUGAAUUAGAAACUGCAUUGAAAGGUUAAAGUAAAUGAUAUGAUGACCUAGUAUGCAUAUAAAAUUUUAUUUAUCACUUAAAUAAAAUUGACAACCGGAUUUGGUAACACACAAAACGUUGUUAUAACUUUAAAAUACAAAUAAAAUGCUGCCAUCGAAAAGCUUACUUGUAUAAAAAAAGAGAAACGAAAAAUUUUAUUACUAAAAGUCAUAAAUGUAUGUAUGUAUGAAACAUAUUUUUAUUUCGUAAUUAAACAUAUAAAAUUAUGCUUAAUGAAUAUCGAUCACUUUCAAUAUUUAUGUACUAAUGUAAUUUCAAUUGUUGCUACUUUGUUCAUUAUUUUAAUUAUUCCAAUACAAAUUGUUAGAAUAUAGUGAAGGCUGUGUGGCGAUUGGCAGCAAUAUGAUCCAACCAACAAAACCCACAAUGUAGCAUAAAAUAAGUAGAAUGCGACGUACUAAAUGUUGUUGCCACAGCUCUUGGACAUCAGGUAAGCCCAUAUGAUUACAAAAUGCAUGCACAAGGAAUGGUGCGACAAAAUGACCGGUGCGCGCAAAGAGAAAAGCCGAGUAGAAACCAAAGACUGUGGUGUAAGUUAACUGAAAGCCUGGCAAAAUAAUUUAUUUAUAAUAAAAAUAAAUAAAGAUUUGCAGAAAUAUUUAUGCAACUUACAUGAUAUCACUAAGGCAGUUUUCAAUUCCAUACCCAAGCUGAGGCGUUCCCCAAUAUGGUGUAUGUGCGCGGUACCAAAGAAUAGUGGUGUAAUGAACACAGCUGUCAAGGGUGAAAAACUCUGCAAAAUUAGUGGCAUCAUACAUGCGCGAAAGACGAAUUCUUCACUGAUUGGUGCCAUAACAUGGUUUCGUAUCCAAAGUAUAUUUUUGAAUGAACCAAUCCAAAAAUCAGUAUC